AUGUCAAUUAGUAAAUGUGGAGAUUUUGCUACUUUUUGGAAGUUUUUUCCCGAUGAAUUGAAAGAAUCUAAAUAUGAUUUUAAAAGUACAUUUUUUAAAGAUUACUGCCCUAAUAAAAACUGCAAUAACGAUAUUGAAAAGAUUAAUGCUGGCUGUUUAUGGUUAAUUUAUGAAUUUUUCGUUAAAUUGGGUUUUUCAGCUGGUCAAGAUGUUCUUAAGUAUGAUUCUGUAUGUAUUAUAAUAUGGCUAGGUUAUAUUUUAAGCCUAAAGUCACAAGAUGGAAUCAAUAAGUUAAGCGAUUAUUAUUCUAAGCAUAUAAAAGAUAACGUGGAGUACUCUAACCAUAAAAUUGUUGAUGAUAAAUAUGACAAUUAUAAGAAAAUCAUAGACGAAACAAAGGAAUAUAUGAAUAUUGAUAUUAAUAUUAUGCCUAAAUUUUAUAAAUUACUUAAAUUGUUAUGUAAUAUGUAUACUGCUUAUAAUAAUCAAAAUAGUAGCCAAGUUUCAGAAUAUGCUAAGACAUUUGCUGAUGGAUAUACAGAACUCUUUGAUGAUGAUAAUAAUGAUGAGGGCAAUUCAUACAAUAAAAUAUUAAAUGUUUUAUCCAUUUAUUAUAAUAAUUUGGUAAAAGGUAAUAAAUUUAAUACUACAUCAGUAGAUCGUCCUUCAUUACCAACGCAAAAAACACCCAAAAAAGAUAAUCCAGGUCCUAAAGUAACUAAAGCAACUGACAUAUCGAGUGAAACAGAUAAUUCAGAUAUUGCAACGGCAACCCCAAGUUCUGACAUUACAUUAUCAGACUCAUCAUUAGUAAAUAAAUUAGUUAUAGUUUUGCCGAUAUUAGCUGCAAUAUCAAUUUUUUGGGGAAUUUCUUAUAAGUAUUCGUUAUUUAGAUUUCGGAAACGGUCUCAAAAACAAAAAUUAAGAGAAAAGCUAAAAAAAUAA